GACAUGACAUCGGAAUGUGAAUCGGAUAAUCGGAUAUCCAAAAAGACCAUACCGUCGGGUACAAGAUAUAAAAAGGUCCAUCAUAUCUCACAAUUUCCCAAAAAGGAAAAGAUAAAAAAAAAAAAGUUCAAAUGUUUGGUUGGUGAAGAACAAGAAGAAGAAGAAAGGAUGAUACGAAAUAUCCGGUUCAGAGCUCCGACGAAUCAUCCUGGUUCCACCAUUCAAAAAGAUAGCCGCCGGUUAAUACGGUUUCCGACGAGAUGCUCGUCAUCAGAUCUUAGCCAUUACACGAUUCUUGGUUUGACCCCUCUCGCUUCUCAUACCGAAGUCAAACGUGCCUUCAAACGUCUCGCUCUUAAGUAUCAUCCAGAUGUGCAUAAAGGACAGGACAAGGAUUUUAAAGAGAUCAAAUCCGCUUACGAGUGUUUGAUGCAAAAAUUUGAGAAACAAGAAGAAGAAGAGGAGGAGAUUACAGAGAUGGGUGAAAUCGACGAAUGGGAGGAAUGGAUGGGGUUCGAAGGAGGGAUUCCAUCAGGUUCUUACUAGAUUUAUAAUGGUCAUUUGUUACAAUGGAUAGAAGUAGAAUCAGAGGAGAGUACAGUUUUUGGGAGCAAGACAACAAUUGCAUCUCGGUGGAAGCUUUUCGUCCCCGGAGGAAGAACAAGUCAUGUACUCUACUUGUAAGCAAUAGAGAGGACAAGCGAUCACUGUCUUUGUUUCAGGGAUUACUCCUCCUAGAAUCGCUCCUAAUGGAAUUUUUUUUUAAGAUAAACAAUUGAAACAAUGAAUAUGAUCAAAUUUUCUGAAUGUUUAAUUCUUAACAGUA